GUAAAGUAAACACAUUGUUUUUAUUGUCAUUUCGGUGCAUGCCGUUUGGCAACACUAUCCAAAAAUACAGAAGAUUUAGUUAAAAAUAACUUUGGCGGCGUCCACAAUAAUUCCUCCCACAACAGAUUAGUCGAGUUGGAUGAGUUGACCAAAAUAAACGGUCCGAGAUACUCCACCGCUUGACACCCGAGUCACUUAAAAAUUAUUGUCACUCUGCGCCCAAGAAGUGAUUUAGAGCACCGUUUUUUUUUGAGUGUGUGAAAAUCGCAAAAUGAGUAGACACUCUAGGAGAAAGAGCAAAUCGUCAAAAAGGCGAUCGUCACAAUCGACAGCAUCGUCAUCUGAAAAUAUGGACCUUCUGGAUAUAAUUGACGAUGGACCAAUUUUUGACGUGAAAACGUCGAAAGUCAUGGGAAGAUACAUGAUUUCAAGGAAAAAUCUAAAACCGGGUGAUAUAAUUUUAAACGAGGCGCCAAUAGUCGUCGGACCUUGUGCAGGUUGCAAGGUACAAUGUCUAGGUUGUUAUAAACCACUUGAGUCAUCAACUCUAUAUAUCAAGUGUAAAGAGUGUGGUUGGCCUCUGUGUUCUACAAAAUGUAAGGGAUUGAGGAAAAAGUAUGGCCAUACAGAGAUCGAAUGUGCCAUACUCAAAACUACUAAAUCUGCACAGUUUCUCAAUUAUCACGAAAUGGAAAAACUGCGCACUAAUUUCAAUGCUAUCGUUCCUUUGAGAUGUCUUUUGCUGAAGGAUACAGAUCCUAAAGCUUACGAGAAUUUGAUGACAAUGGAAACGCAUAAUGAAAUUAGAAGAAACAUUCCAGAAUUGUGGAACAGUGACCAAAAUACUGUAGUUAAUAGAAUUAGAAACGACUGGGGCUUGAAAGAAUAUACAGAAGAAGAAAUACAUAGCAUAUGUGGCAUUUUGGAAGUGAAUUCUUUCGAAAUCGGCCAGCAGGGUAUUAAUAUCAGAGGACUUUACCCGACUGCGUUCUUAAUGUCACAUGAUUGUGUUCCAAAUACCAAUCAUAUUGACGAAGAAAAUACAUUUAGGCUAACAGUUCGAGCAUCUACAAGAAUAGCUCCUGGUCAGAUGAUCACUUUGAGUUACGCCUACACUCUUCAAAGCACGCUAAAGCGAAGAGAACACCUUCUCGAAAAUAAAUUCUUCGAGUGCCAAUGCAGUAGGUGUGCUGAUCCUACAGAACUAGGAACUUAUAGCGGAGCCCUCAUUUGUCCCAAAUGUCGAACUGGGUGCGUUCUUUCUACUGAUCCUCUAAACGCGGAAGCUGAUUGGAAAUGUACGAACGUAGGCAAGUGUCCAGGUUACAAAAUUACAUCUAGGUCUAUGCAACUACUAACAGACAAAAUAUCUCAAGAACUUGAAAACCUAGACUGCAGUGAUAUAAUUGGCAUGGAAACCUUUCUAGAAAAAUAUCGCAAUGUUCUUCAUCCUACUCACUAUUUAAACUUAAGCGUGAAAUUGUCACUAAGCCAACUAUAUGGAAGAGCCAAUGGUUAUCUCAUUGAUGAACUCAGUGAAGAUUUACUUGCCCGCAAACAAGAAAUUUGCGAAGAAAUUAUGAAAAUUUUCAACAUCAUUGAGCCAGGAUACACCAGAUUAAGAGGGGUUACUCUUUACGAGAUGCACGCUCCUUUGAUGAUCCUUUUAACCAGGCAAUUUGAGACACAUUGCACGAAAAGUGAAUUGCGAAGCAGGUUGAAGAAAAUUUUGAAAUGUUUAGAGGAAGCUAGCUUAAUUUUUAGUUAUGAACCUGAAAAUUCUCCUGAGGGAAUGAUGGGAGUGGCCGCUAAAGAUGCUCUAGUAAAAAUUAAAGAUUGGGAGAAAAUUUUAGGGAAGUUUUAGAUAUAUAAUUAUUUUAAUGUUGUUAAUUGUGAUGAAAAAGUAGCUGUACAGUAAUAUAUUUAUACCGUUUUUGUCAGUUUUGUUUUCUAUAAUUGUAACUUCAUGAUAAUUAAAUAGCUUUUGUCUUGUUUAUUUUUUAUAACUGUUAUUUUAUACUUGAUAUUAUAAUAGAUAGUGUUCGAUAUGCUGUAAUUUUAUAGGAAAAUGAGAUUAAAUUUUUUGAUUUGAAAAAUAUACAUUCUUAGUGAAAA